GAUUUUCUCUCUAAUUGGGUAUAGCUGGAAACUCCCCCAAGCUCCAAAGUUUAAUCACCCGGAGGGAACCUGCCUGUGCUGGGUGGAAGCUGAGUUGAGGCCAGAAGGGAACCGGGAGCUCAGAAGCAUGUCAGGGAAGCCUAGGCUUACCUACCUUAAUGGAAGGGGGCGAAUGGAGACCAUACGAUGGCUGCUGGCAGCAGCUGGUGUGGAGUUUGAGGAAAAUUUUUUGGAAACAAGAGAACAGUAUGAAAAGUUAAUCAAAGAUGGAGUCCUGAUGUUCCAGCAAGUGCCCCUGGUUGAGAUCGAUGGAAUGAAGAUGGUGCAGACCAGAGCCAUCCUCAGCUAUGUAGCAGGGAAAUACAAUCUCUAUGGGAAAGACUUGAAGGAGAGAGCCCUGAUCGACAUGUAUGUGGAAGGAAUAACAGAUCUGAUGCAAAUGAUUUUGAUGUUUCCUUUCUCUCCACCUGAGGCAAAGGAGAAAAGUCUUCACUCAAUUAAGGACAGGGCAACUAACAGGUACUUUCCAGUCUUUGAAAAGGUUUUAAAACAACAUGGCCAAGACUUUCUCGUGGGCAACAAAUUCAGCUGGGCAGAUGUUCAGCUAAUUGAAGCCAUUUUAGCAGUGGAGGAGAAAAUACCUGCUGUGCUGUCGGGGUUUCCUCAGUUGCAGGCUUUUAAAAUAAGAAUGAGCAAUAUGCCUACAAUUAAGAAGUUCCUGCAGCCUGGCAGCCCAAGGAAACCCCCACCAGAUGAAUCUUAUGUUGAAACUGUGUUGAAGAUUUUUAAGAAAUGAAUGCCUUCUACCUUCAUUGAGACUCAAAAUGCUGGAAAAAAAACCCCAAACUCAGAAGCUCAAACCAAAGGAAGUAGGAAGCUCAGUAAAUUGUUACUGUUGCAGUUAAAAUCAAUGGUUUAAAAAAAAAAAAAAAAAGCCCCAAAAUGGAAAUAAAGCAUUCUGAUUACCCUGGCAA